AUGCCAGACCUCGCCAAUCUCUCUCUCUCCUCAUCGCUAGCCCUACCUCGGUGUCCGACUCUCAAGCCGCUCUCUCCCGACUCAGCCGCCGAGUCGCCUUGCGCCGACUCGGCCGUCCAGGCUCUUGCGUUGACCGCCAACGGAGACUGCUGCGAUGAUUGGGACCGGAGCUCGAGGCUUGAGGCUUGUAGCAACGGAAAUGGGAGUACCGUUAAGGUUGUGAGGCGCAGCCACGGCGCAAUUGUGCGAGCUAAGAAAGUCAGUAGUUUUGAGGAUCACGUGACGGCUUGGAUUCGGAGAAAGAUGGAAUUAGGAGUCUUGCCAUCAAAAUGUCACCUUCCGUUUCUCAAUAGCAUGAAGAAAAUGGUUGAAUGUCUUGUUUGCUGUAAGAUCAUCUACCCUGGGGAAGAGUUGUUAUGCACUGUUCGUGGUUGCCAAGGAGUUUUUCACUUAAUAUGUGCAAAGGAAAUACUUCGGAUCUCUAAUAUCAAAAAGUUCAAGUGUCCACAGCAUGCAUGCUUUAUUUGCCGACAGAAAUUACAAUGGCGAUGUGUGCGAUGCGAAAUAGCAUCACAUGACAAAUGUGCACCAUGGUCAGAGAAAGUGAUUCAUUUGAAAGACCAACCUGGACGAGCAGUUUGUUGGAGACAUCCAGCAGAUUGGCGGCUAGAUCAGAAGCAUGCAGAGGCAACAUGUGAUAUAGAGGAAGUUUUCUCUCGCUUACCUCUACCUUAUGUGGAUGAGGAGUUCAAGAUUGACUUCACAUGGAAAGAUCUGACUGGGAAUAAAUUGGAGCCACCUUCAUAUGUUCACAUCAAGCGCAAUAUUUACCUUGUAAAGAAGAAGCGUGAUGAUUCUGAUGAUGGGAUCGGAUGCACAAGUUGUAGAUCUGAAUGCUGUGAUGACUGUGUUUGCCGGGUUCAAUGCAUUAGCUGCUCAAAGGCUUGUCACUGCGCAGAAACUUGCACCAACAGACCAUUCCGCAAAGAGAAGAAGAUCAAAAUUGUCAAGACUGAAUUUUGUGGUUGGGGGGUGGAGGCUGCUGAACCCAUCAGUAAAGGAGAAUUUAUAAUCGAGUAUAUUGGGGAAGUUAUUGAUGAUGCGUUGUGCGAACAAAGGCUGUGGGACAUGAAAUAUCGAGGAGUGAAGAACUUUUACAUGUGUGAAAUUCGAAAAGAUUUUACAAUUGAUGCUACUUUCAAGGGGAAUGCAUCUCGUUUUCUAAAUCACGGUUGCGAUCCCAACUGUAUAUUGGAGAAAUGGCAAGUUGAGGGGGAGACACGUGUAGGUGUUUUUGCUGCUCGCUCGAUUAAAGUUGGAGAACCAUUGACAUACGAUUACAGAUUUGUACAAUUUGGGCCUGAGGUGAAAUGCUAUUGUGGAGCUCCAUCUUGUCAAGGCUAUCUUGGAACCAAAAGAAAGGUGAGUAAAUUAAACCUUUGUUGGGGUUCAAAACGCAAGAGAACUUCCACUGCUUGCCUUGCUAUUAUAGCUCUAUGAUUUGUUUUCACAAUCAGUCAUGUUGUAUAUCAAUCUUUUCAUGUAAUAUUUUUGCAAAAUAAAGAAAAAGAUUAAAAAAAAAAAAAAGAGAGCGAGACAAAAUACCAGUCUGCAGGCAUAAACUUUCAUUUAAAAGGGCAAAAAAUAUGUAAUUUUUAUUGAUUUGUUGUGCUAACCUUUUCCUAGAAAUUUCUGGGUACCUUGUUGUAAUAUUGAAACAAACACGUGAUUGAU